AUGGAGGUGAUGCGGGGGUGGGGUGGAAGCGACAGCAGAGGCAGCGGCGGAGGCAGCGGCGGAGGCGGAGGCAGCGGCGGAGGCGGAGGCAGCGGCGGAGGCAGCGGCGGAGGCGGAGGCAGCGGCGGAGGCGGAGGCAGCGGCGGAGGCGGAAGCAAUGGUGGUGGAGGCGGUAGCGGUGGGGGCAGUGGAAGCGGAGGCGUUGGCAGCGGAGGCGGUGGCAGCGGAGGCGGUGGCAGCGGAGGCGGUGGCAGCGGAGGCGGUGGCAGCGGAGGCGGUGGCAGCGGAGGCGGUGGCAGCGGAGGCGGUGGCGGCGGCAGUGGUGAUAACGAUUAUGCAAUCCUCCUCAUACAGGAAGACCUUUUAGGAACCAUCGAAGAAUCCCGUCAUCCAAGAUCUCCCUGA